ACUGAAAAGCAAAUUACAUGUGAAAAAUGGGCAGACAGAAGGAUUCUCACCGAUAUACACGCUCUACAAAAAUAGAUGUCCAUGUAAUCGCAAAAAACAGCCCCCGAGAAUCUAUACAAAUAUCAGGGAAUAAACUUUAUCAGAUAUAUAUGCUUAACAGGAUGCUUGUGACUCGCAAAUCCUAAGGCACAGAGAUAGCAUCUUGGCUCGUUCUGCUGUACAUCAAUUGAACUUGAGGGAUCAAGUGAGCCCAGUCGACAGCAAUCAAGGUUGCCACUUGACAUUAAUUUGUUACUACCAUCUGACUUGAUCAUAAUUUCAGUCCUGCUGAGACCCACAUCAGACACACAAAUUUAGGCUUGUGUCUGUUAAUAGCCCAUAUGUACCUGUUUUUGCCAUGUCACUAUCUCUUGUGCAAGGUGUACUGUAGUGAAUGAUAUGUAUAGGGGAAAGACAGAGCAUACUGGGUGACUGGAACUUUUCGCCAUUCCUGCAUGCACUUACUGACAGAUGUCGCAGCAUGCUUAAAACAGAAGCCAGAAAGAAAGAAUACAAACUCUAGAAUGGAACCAUUCCACCACUGCAACAUGUCUUCAUCCAAAUUCUUCAAGCUGCCUGCCCACACACAGUCACGCAGGUUCUAGUCUACCAAACAGUGUCCUGGACUCGUUUGAACACACCACUUCAUGCACCAGUCGACAUACAUACCCUUCAAGUUCUCCUUUAAAUCUCCUGCUCUCCCUCCAUCUCCACUGCCAUCCCUCUGCUCUAGCACUGAACUACUACCCUGCUACAGCCCUUUCUUCUUUCUCCUGAAAACAUCACCACCAAACUUGUUUGUUCUUGACCUAUAGAACAGACAUGAAGAAAUCACUCCUGCAGUACCUGAAGCUGUUCCUGUUACUAGGCCUUGGUAGAGUCACAACCAUGCAUGUGGCUAAACAAGACGUGCCUGCAUCCCUGGUGACACUCCCUCUUGACGGCCAUUUCAGCUUCCACGACCUGUCUACUGCUGCACGGGACUUUGGCAACCUCUCGAGCUCACCGCCAGUCGCUGUGCUUCACCCAGGCUCAGUGGCUGACAUUGCCAUAACCGUGAGGCAUGUGUUUUUGAUGGGUCAUCACUCCACACUCACAGUAGCAGCACGUGGGCAUGGGCACUCGCUAUAUGGGCAGUCCCAGGCUGCUGGGGGGAUUGUUAUCAGAAUGGAAUCCCUCCGGAGUGUCAGAAUGCAAGUGCACCCUGGUGCAUCACCCUAUGUGGAUGCCUCAGGAGGAGAACUCUGGAUAAAUGUCUUGGACGAGACGUUGAAGUAUCGUUUGGCGCCAAAGUCAUGGACAGACUACCUCCACCUUACAGUUGGAGGCACCCUGUCGAAUGCGGGCGUCAGUGGGCAGACAUUCCGGCAUGGCCCCCAGAUAAGCAAUGUGAACGAAAUGGAGAUUGUGACUGGAAGAGGUGAUGUUGUGACUUGUUCGCCUGAACAGAACUCUGAUCUCUUCCAUGCGGCUCUUGGUGGUCUAGGUCAAUUUGGCAUCAUCACCCGGGCCAGGAUUGCUCUCGAGCCUGCUCCACAAAUGGUAAGGUGGAUAAGAGUUCUCUACUUAGAUUUCACGAGCUUCACGGAGGACCAGGAGAUGCUUCUUUCAGCAGAGAAGACCUUCGACUAUAUUGAGGGUUUCGUUAUCAUAAACAGGGAAGGCAUCCUGAACAACUGGAGGUCAUCAUUUAAUCCGCAGGACCCAGUGCGAGCUAGCCAGUUUGAACCAGAUGAAGAGGUGCUCUUCUGCCUCGAGAUGACAAAAAACUUCAACCCUGAAGAGGCUGACACCAUGGAACAGGAGGUCAAUGCACUUCUAUCUCAACUUAGAUACACACCUCCCUCCUUAUUCCACACAGAUGUCACUUACAUGGAGUUCUUAGAUAGGGUGCACUACUCUGAGAUGAAGCUCAGAGCUAAGGGCAUGUGGGAAGUCCCACACCCAUGGCUUAAUCUCAUCAUCCCAAGAAGCACGAUCCACAAAUUCGCGAGGGAGGUCUUUGGGAAAAUCCUCAAAGACAACAACAAUGGUCCCAUAUUACUCUACCCAGUAAGCAGGUCCAGAUGGGACAACAGAACGUCAGUGGUCAUACCAGAUGAGGAAAUUUUCUACCUGGUGGGGUUCCUAUCCUCGGCACUAGGCCCCCAGAGUGUCGAACAUACAUUGAACCUGAACAUGCAGAUAAUAGAGUUCUCUAACAAAGCAAGUAUUGGGGUGAAGCAAUAUCUGCCAAACUACACCACAGAACCAGAGUGGAAAGCUCACUAUGGGGCAAGGUGGGACACAUUUCAACAGAGGAAAACCACCUAUGACCCUCUAGCAAUCCUAGCUCCAGGACAGAGAAUAUUUCAAAAGGCAUCAGCAUCACUACCGUUGUCCUCGUGACAGUAUGUACUGUAAAAAUGUUUAUAAAGAGCAUAUAUCUAUGUUAGUACAGAAGUAUAAGUUACUUUGCAAAAGGCAACAAACUGUAGCAUGAGACACAGUAUACUGAAUGGUGACCAGUAAUUUUUUUUUACUA